AGCGUGGUUAGCAUGCCACGUUGGCGUUUUUUAUCCACGGAACAACGUCUCGAACAAACAAAAGUGUCCAGUCCAAUGCUAGGUUGGUUACCUUGGCUACCUGCACACUUUUGAAUCAUUGAUGACAAGGGGGAACGUCGCUCGCACAGGCAAGAAGUGCCAAAGCAUGGUCGGCUUGCUGGAUGUUGACAAGGAGAGAAUGUGCUACGGACGAGGUGUGGCGGCGAAAGCUCACGUCAGAGUGCCGGUGAAGAGAAGUGUCAUGGGCUGGGUGGAUGCCACAAGCAAGAACCAGUUGAGUUUUCGGACGACGACGGAAACCAAAGUCGCCGAAGGGAUCGUCAAGACCACAAGCCAGGAAGCGAUUCGCUUCCUGGCUUGUAUCAUCGCUUCAAGCGAUGAUAUCGAUGUUUUCUGGGGUAAACGAAUGUGCCUCUAGAAGGGGACCGUUCUUGUGCAUUCAUCACACGUAGCACCAACACCGCAACAGGUGGACAGAAGUACCAUCGCUCCAGCACCUCCACGAGGUUGUCGCUCUCCAGUCGGGGUCGUUGCCAGCGUCGAUGAGGUCGCCGUCAAAG